UCCCAUGAGCCAUAAAGUUUUAUGUCCUGCUCAAAGUUUAGGCUAACAGGAGGAAACUUUUUUUCGGGGCAGUGAGCGGCACAGAUUUGCGCUGAGUCUGCCUUGGAAAAUUCCUGGGGAGGAAAAAGUUUUGAAACUUUUCCGAAAUUGGGAAUGCCGGGACUUCUUUUUACUGCCUGAACUUUGGUGGUGUUACCUUUUUUUUUUUUUUUUUCACCAACUUUUGCGGCACUUUUUUUCUGAAGGGGGGGGGAGUAAAAGCUGGGUCCGGACGACAAUACAGAUUCCAGAGUGGAGCAGAUAUGCGCUUUGUUUUAUGUACAAGUAUGUCAGCUGGGAAAAGCCAAGGAAAGCGGCCUUUCUCUGCUGAUUUUGACAGCUAACAUCGUUCGAAAACAGCCUCGCGGCGGUCCGCUCGAAAAAGUAGACCGACGUUAAAAAGUCAUGACUUUGCAAAACUUUUACUAAGUUUCGUUAGAAGUUAAAGAUUUGACAAAAAAAAAAAAAAAGUUCGGGGACGGCUCGAACCGCCUUUGAAAAGUUUCGUAACUCAACGUUUUCGGGCCGCAAAGAGUUCGCAGAGCGCUUGUGGAACAAUGGAUCCGAGCCAGCACAACCCUCCUGUCGGACACCAGAUCGUUCACGUUCGGGGCGACUCGGAAACGGACCUGGAGGCGCUUUUCAACGCCGUGAUGAACCCCAAGGGCGCCGUCGUGCCCCAGUCCGUGCCCAUGAGGAUGAGGAAGCUGCCGGACUCCUUCUUCAAGCCCCCGGAGCCCAAGUCCCAUUCCAGACAAGCUAGCACUGAUGCUGGGAGUGGCGGCGUGCUCACCCCCCACCACGUACGCGCACACUCGUCUCCAGCUUCCCUGCAGCUGGGCGCCGUUUCGGGUGGCUCCCUGUCUGGGAUGGCCUCAGCAGGCGCCUCCCCCCAACAUCUCCGGCAGUCGUCCUACGAGAUUCCCGACGACGUGCCCCUGCCGCCAGGCUGGGAGAUGGCCAAGACCAGCUCCGGCCAGAGAUACUUUCUCAACCACAUUGAUCAAACCACCACUUGGCAGGAUCCACGCAAAGCCCUGCUCCAGUUGAACCAGGCUACCCCUCCCAGUACCGUUCCAGUUCAGCAGCAGAACCUUUUAAGCCCAGCUAGUGGACCUCUACCUGAAGGCUGGGAACAAGCCAUAACACCAGAGGGAGAAAUUUACUACAUUAACCACAAGAACAAGACUACUUCCUGGCUAGAUCCUCGACUUGAGACUCGCUAUGCCUUGAACCAGCAGAGGAUCACCCAAAGCGCUCCGGUUAAACAGGGAGGGCCUCUGCCUCCCAACCCUCACGGCGGAGUCAUGGGAGGAAACAACCAGAUGAGGCUGCAGCAGAUGGAGAAGGAGAGAAUCCGACUGAAGCAACAGGAGCUUCUCCGGCAGAGUCAGAGACCACAGGAGCUCGCUUUACGGAACCAGCUGCCCACCAGUAUGGAUCAGGACGGCAGCUCAAACCCCGUCUCCUCCCCCAUGGCCCAGGACGCCCGGACCAUGACCGCAAACAGCAACGACCCUUUCCUCAACAGCGGGACCUACCACUCCAGGGACGAGAGCACCGACAGCGGCCUGAGCAUGAGCAGCUACAGCGUCCCCCGCACUCCAGAUGACUUCCUCAACAGCGUCGACGAGAUGGACACAGGAGACCCGCUCGCGCCCUCCAUGGCGACGCAGCCCAGCCGUUUCCCCGACUACCUGGACACCAUCCCCGGCACGGACGUGGACCUGGGCACCCUGGAGGGGGAGAGCAUGGCGGUGGAGGGCGAGGAGCUGAUGCCCAGCCUGCAGGAGGCCCUGAGCUCCGACAUCCUCAACGACAUGGAGUCCGUGCUGGCAGCUACCAAGAUCGACAAGGAGAGCUUCCUCACAUGGUUAUAGAGGAGGCGCCAUCCUCCACCUCCUCUUCCUCCUCCUCCUCCUCUUCCUCCCUGUGCUCUGAACUGCCUGCUCUCAUCCUUAGAAGGGUUCAUGGAUGCUUUUUACCAGACAUUUCAGCCAACCUUUUUUUGGGACUUGUGUGAGACUCCGCCCCCUGCCCCCCCCCUCCCCUUUCAGGCAGUAUUCCUCCUCUCUGGUGUUUUUAAUUGUGUCUGUGUCUUCAAGGCUGGCCUAUGAACAGACAAUUAUGCAAAGCGGCCUCCUCGUGGAUCUGGAGCCCGCUUCUACCUUCAGCAUCUUAACGAACUCGCGUUGGCGACGACCGGGCGCCAUCUCUGCCGCAGUGUAGCGCCGCCUGCUUUCUAACCAACCUGAGAAACCAAAAAUGAUGUAUUUGGAGAACAAGAAACAAUACUGAUUUGGAGUAAAGGUCACAAGAGGCCCCGGUUGGACAUUUUGGCAGGGGGAGGGGGGCGUUCAAACGUAGGGACCGACUACACUGCUGCUUGGCUGUGCCAGCAAGUCUAAGUUAAACCUUUUUGAUAGAUCAAGUGCCUUCAGUUGUAUUUUUUUUUUCUUUUCUUUGUACUUUUUUUAAAGAUGCGAGCAACUCGAAGAAUUACUCUGCAAUAUGAAAGCAUCUGGCGUUUUUUUCUUUUUCUUUUUUAUCAUAUAUAUAUAUCCGCCUUCUAGUGUUCAGCAAUCACAAUCUAGUUUUCAACAGAAUUGGGGAAUCCCUUUUUAACCCUUCGUAUGUCGGUCUUAUUCAGGCCUAACUCCCAGUUUUAGUCGUUUUUUUUAGUACUUUUUUAGCUUAUUACAUGUGUAGCUUAGUUCAAACUGCUUGAGUUUUACUGUCGUGGAUGAACUGUACCAUUUUUAACACAGUCUGUUGUUGAGAUUUAUUCUUUUUUUGUUUUACUUUAUAUACAUAUAUACAUAUAUGUAUUAUUUGUGUUGUACUAUUGUUGAUCACAAAGCGGCUUUUUUGCAAAACAUUAACCAAAAAGGCUUUUUUUUUGUUAAAUUUAAAUUUCAGAAACUCUUCCUCCGAUUGCUUCCAGCUUGCAAUGUUUUGUUUUUUUUAAAUUGCAAGUUCUGAAGCUGUCUUCCUCUAGAGGGCGCUGUGGCCUCUGCGCAUUGAGGGUUCAAAAGAAGAGGUUUGGUCAAGCGGGUUGUAAAGAAAGUCACGUCAGGAGCGGUGUAGAGAUGUGGUAGACGAGAUUUGAUUCGAUUUUUGUUUGUUUUUUGUUUCUUCCGUGAGUUUGUAACCCCGGAACAAUCGAACAGCACGGUCAGGAGCAGUCGCAGCAGAUUCCAAAGACGUUUUCUCGUAACGACACUAACAUUUAGUUUUGGUUCCCAUAAAUCGGCUUCUGUACGAACAAAACUGUAUAAGCUAACCAGAUGAUUUGUGUGUUUUAAGGUGUUAUUGGAGAUGUCUAAAGAAGUUUUUCCUCUCUUUCUGUUUGUAGGUGGUUGUUUUGAGUGACUAAUAACCCUAAACGUUUUUUUUUUGUAAGAUGAGGCCUCAGAACAGAGGAGAAAGCGUUUCUCCCAUCAGCACUCGCAUGUUUACAUACUUUUGGGGAAACUGCUGCAGCAGCAGUGGAGACGACACACUCUCACAGUUGUUUUUUGAUGUUUACACCGUUGCAUCCCUGCAGAAGAAGCAGUCUGCCGUGCACGUCCUUUGGUUUAAGCCGCCGGAACACUCUACGUAUAUGUACAUAGACAUACAUAUAUGUUUUUGUUUAUUUUUAAGGACUGUUGUCUUUCAUUGUUUCCUGAGAACCCUUUUUAAUUGAUUCUAAAUCACAUAUUGAUGGAUUGAUGGACAGUGUUGGUGAUAACAGUGCAGCAAAAGGGGCGGGACACCACGAGGCGGCUUUAGGUUUUUCAUUCAAAUGCAGAGAUGUCACUGAAAAGCUGAUUUUUAAUGCUUAACUUAGUGUGUACUUGUCAGAGCAUUACUAGCUGUUGACUCACCGUAGCAGUAGAACUAAUCAAAAAGUUAAAGGAUUUUGUAUUUAGAGUUCUCUAAAUGCACAUGAAAUGAGUUUGUAUUCAACAAAGACUGUUCAUUUUGUUUUGAUAGAUAUGUGCAUGUGUUUUAGAACAAUAAAUCCUGUUACAUUAUAUACCUUUCUUCAUAUGAUACUUUGAAAUUGGCCUCAAAUAAAGUAUAUACUUUGUGGUAA